UGUCUUCAUCAGCCCUACCCUUCAAUUAUGUUCUUUCCCUCCCUCUAUUCUCUCUAUUGCUGUUUCCCCUUAACUCCUCCUCUUCUGACCUCACUUUUCUUUCUAGCCGCAAAACAGGCCGGACGGAUAGAGCAUCCCACGCCUUCCCAUGAUGCCUCUCCCUUGGCGUCCAUUAACCCAUUCCAUCCUGUGAGACUGUGGAAAUUAUUAGGACUCUGUUCAGAAGAAGCAGCCACCCGUUAGUCCAAUGAAUAACCGGAAGGAAGACAUGGAGAUCACGUCGCACUACCGGCAGCUCCUGCGGGAGCUGAACGAGCAGCGGCAGCACGGCAUCCUGUGCGACGUAUGUGUGAUCGUGGAGGGCAAGAUCUUCAAGGCGCACAAGAACGUGUUGCUGGGCAGCAGCCGCUACUUCAAAACACUUUACUGCCAGGUGAAGAAGGGCUCAGAGCAGCAGGCCACCAUCACACACCUGGACAUCGUCACAGCUCAAGGCUUCAAGACCAUCCUUGACUUCAUGUACUCCGCCCACUUGGCGCUCACUAGCAAGAAUGUGAUUGAAGUGAUGUCGGCUGCCAGCUAUCUGCAGAUGACCGACAUAGUGCAGGCGUGUCACGGCUUCAUCAAGGCAGCGUUAGACAUCAGCAUUCGCUCCGAGCUUUCAGACGAACUUGCGGAUAUUGAGAUGGGCAACGUGGUGAGCUCUAUGGGAGGUGGGACUGGGCCUGGUGUGGGUGGAGCCUCGGAGGCACUGGCGUCCAUGAUUUCGGCCCGCAGUUCCUCGCCGUGGUUGGCCAGACGCACCAGCCCGGCCAACUCAUCUGGAGAUUCAGCCAUCGCUAGCUGCCACGAAGGCGGUAGCAACUAUGGCAAAGAGGACCAGGAACCCAAAAGCCAUGAGAGCCAGGAGGAUGCUUGUUUGCAGCCCUUGUGGCCUACUGAUUACCGUUCUGUCCAGGUCAAAGAGGAGCAGGUCUCCCCCUCCAAUCUGCAAGAUGGGGCUGGCCGAGGGGCACAAGGCAUGCCUGGAGAGCAUAGUGGACGAGGAGAGGGGGGCUGGCAACCUCCAGGCUCAGGCCGCAGGAAAAACCGCAAGAACAAGGACACAGUCAGGCACAUAACCCAACAGAAUGAAGGGGACAGUCGGACGGCAUCGCCACUGCCAUCCAUGGUCUCCAAUCCUGGCUGGAGCUACGGCAACCAGGACAUUUCUGGUGCAGAAGUGACGGACCCCAACAUGUCCGACAGCCGCGGCGAGCGCAUGGACCUCCUGGUAAAGCAGGAGGAGGCCGCAGCGGGGGACGGUGGGUUUCUGUCCGGGGAGCGGGAUGAGGCCGUGGCCCAGGAGAGAGCGGGUUCGGUGGCCAACCUGCGAGCCGCCCUCAUGAGCAAGAACAGCUUGUUGUCUCUGGGGGCAGAGAUGCUCGGAGAGGAGAACCCACUUCUGUUCGACUACCUGCCCAAGGGAGGACACUCUCUCUCCCGGCCUCGUUGCUCCAAUGGCAGCAGCAGCUCCCACCAUCCAGGAGCCCUGUUUGGUAGCAAACACGGGGCGUCUUCAUAUUCUCCUACAUCUACUCUUCCUCCUCUUCCUCUUCUACUGCCGCCUCCGCCAUCCGUGCCACGGCCCCCAGGGGCCCUCAGUAUGCCACAGUCUGGGGGCUCUCCAGACAAGCUCCAUGCAGAAGGGGCCCUGAAGGCCUCACCCACUGAGGAGGAAAUGCAAGAAGAAGACAAUAGUCCAAAUAACAAUGCAGGGCUGGAGCGUGUCCAGGUUCCUGUAGAGGAAGAUCAGAUGGUGGAGGAGAAGCAUGGAGUGUGUGUGGCGGAGGUGGAGGGCGGAGGGCCGGGCUGGCGGCAGGAGCUCGCCUGCUCUCUGUGUAAGCAACUGUUUAGCAGCCUGCUUCAACUGAGACAGCACGAAUACAGCCACACGCUCUCGCUCAUGGCCCUCUCGCUGGACUGCCUCGACCACCAUCGCCCCCUAGUGGCCCCAUCUCUGCACAACCCUCCGUCAGCACGCUACCAUUGCUCGCAGUGUCCUGCCAGCUUCACUCUCAAGUCCAACGCCGACCGCCAUGAGAAGACCAUCCACCUCAAACGGAAGCUGAUGCAGUGCAUGUACUGUCUCAAGCACUUCCGCGACCGCACUGACCUGAACCGCCACCUGUCGUCCGUGCAUUCCAGCGAGCGCGUGUACACGUGUCCCGCUUGCUCCCGAACCUUCAGCACGCAGAAAAACCUGGCUAGCCAUGGCAAGGUCUGCUGUCAGUCGGGAAUCUUGCCCACCGAGCAGCUGUGGAACCUGCACAGCUUAAACGAAGAUGAGCACGGCCACAUCCGUAUAGAUGACUGAUUCUCCAAACCAGCAACAUUCAUCAUUUCAUUAAUAGGGGAAUGUGAUGCAAACCCAGGUCAUCCCAGGCCUCCUCCAACUUUUGGCCACAGCACUGUUGACAUUUGUACAUUUCUUUUUACUGUAUAUUCGAUUUGUAUGUUCUUUAGAUAUCUAAAUCGGCAGGGUUUUUUUUAUGAUUACUGCACAUGGCUGCUAAGGCACAAUUGCUUUGCAGAAUAAAGACAUUUCAUGUCAUUUCUCUAUUUGCACCUAGAGCUGUCUGCUUUUUGUACCAUGCAGGAUUAUUGAAGGUCGUACUGAAGACUGUGAAACAGAGAUCUCAGUGCAUUGGAUACCAAUGCUUUUUCAUUUUCAUUUUCGUCUUUACCAGCGGACUAAUCUUAUGCUUAGUCUGCAAGACAGACUCAGGCAAAGGGGUUUCUGUAACUUAUCCAGAUGUUAAGUAGUUAAUUCUACUGUUAAACCUGUGCACAAUGCUGCCCUCUGCAGGAGAAUCUCUCUUUUGUCUUCCGCACUUGAGUCUGAGAAGAUAAUUGGGAUGAGGAAUAUUAGGGAAUGUCCUGAAUCUAUCAGUAAGCUACAUUGUCUUCAAAUGUGUGUAUGUGUGUGUGUGCGAGUGCGCCGAAUUAUGACAGUAAUUAGCUCUUCUCGGCUCUCACUCAUGCGGACUCUAAAUCGCAUUGAUAAGGGAGAUGUGAGAGGAAAAGACAUAAUUUCUUUAAAGUUGUGACCAGUCCUUGUGUGACCUCACACUAGGUCGGUAGAAAUGUAAAAGGGGAUUGAGGGUCCCUGCUAACAGAGAUGGAUCUAAAUUAUAGUGGUAUUGUUAAGUUAAAUCUGAGCUGUAUCGCUGAGUGGUCAGACCACAAAGUUAUCUGGUAGUGUUUUGGGAAAUCUUCAAGGCAGUCUACACUUGUAGUAAUACCUGAAGGAGAUGUUGUUACAUUAAUUGCAGUUUUCACACAACAUAUGUUAUACAGUUAUGGCAAGUUCAUUAGUGGAUCAGUGGGUGCUUACACACUAGAGGCAGCUCUGAUGGGGUGUUCGAUGGAUAAGGGACGUGUUAAACCCAUUUUGAGAGUGUGGAAGAGCUUAGGGGUUUGAAAUCAAGCAAAAAUACAGCAAACAUUCAUAUCCAUUCUGAAAUUCUACUCGCCUCUCUAAGAAUCUCUGGGAUUGUUCAACAGAUGCAGUGCGCACUGCAGCAGAGCCCGUUACCAUUUUCGUAACUUUUGACCGUCACUCAACUUUCCUCUUUGAAAUCAAUGGAUUUGCAAUGUUGCAGUAAAUCAGUUGUGACAGAAACUGUGAAUGUGUUGACAUGCUUCCUGACACAGCAGUGAGAGAGUGGAUUGUCACACUAGAACAUACCCAUACCCAUAAAUCUUACAUCCCAAGUAUGCAAAAGGCCUCUUCUUUUCACCGUUUUUCUUUUCUGUUUCGUCAGAAAAUAAGUUUGUCUGUUGUCUUUGUAAAGAUCACUUUUUUGCACACACUAUCCGAUCUUUGUAAAACUUUGUUGUGUUUUUUUCGUCAAACAAAAUAUCUGCUUGGUUUGCUUGCAACAACUUUCCAAGUUAUGAAUGAAUGAAAGCAAGACGUCAAAAUGUUUAGUGUGUUACUGGAUUGAAUUCGGAGGGAUUUGUGAAAGGAAUCACUGUUUAUCACCUAUGCAAAGAUAGAGAUUUGCACUGACAUUUUCAAGGUCUUAGCACUUUCUCCUCAGGAAAUGAAAGGACUGGUGCACUCUGAUGUUGUCUGAAGAGGUUUGAAUGGUGGGUGUAAAAACGCAUCAGAAAUCUCAGUCACAGUUUUGAAUUGCACUAUUUUUUAUGACAAAAAAACAACAACUUGAGACUAAAACCAAAAAGAUUUUGGUAAAUUAUGUAUUUUGGAAUAGUUCUAACUGGUUGGUUGUAAUUUUUUAGACAAUAAAAUUUGACGUAAAGCAUCAAAGAAAUUUGCUGUAUUUUUAUUUUUUUUACAAAUAAAAAAUAAAACUGAGAACCUGUUGUGAUCAGCUACAAAUAGAUUUGUUGUCCUACAUUUUUUUUUUUUUUUUUGAUAGGGUCACAUUGGGGUUUAUUUGCUACCUUAAAUUUCAUCUUGUUGUUAUAGGUCAGAUCUGACCAUCAACUAUUUAAAAUAUAAAUUAUAUCGUCAGUUCCAGGGCAGCUGUUCAGAUUCUCAAGUAGUAAAUGUGCAGCUUGUUGGUUUUGCCAUUUCAGCUCAUCAGGUAUUUCAUGGAUUCUUUUGGGCAAACCUGAGCUUCAGGUCUGUUCUUACUUAAAUGGUGCUUAUUAGCCGAGUUAGUUUAGACCGUUGCCUAAUGAGAUUACAGUCAUCACAGUAUGAAUAACACAAAGCACAUGAAAAAUUAGAACAAGAAGUAGUGGAAUUAAUGUUUGGUUUGGUGAGUUCAGGUCGAUAAUUUGUGCAGCAAUUGUUCAGCAAACAAUAGGCAGCUAUGCUAUGCUGCGUUGUGGGAUUUUCAUUUUUCUGUGUUGAAUUUGAGCAGUAAAAUCUGUUUCAGUGCUGUGGUUGCUAGGGAAACUGUCUUUUGGGGCUGCUAAGGGCAGGUGAGUUAGGGAGAGUAUCCCUCUCGCAGUUUGUCAGUGCUCUGGCUAUCUUCAGUGUCUGCCGCUAGAUGACACAGUGAAAGGAAAGCAUAUACAGUAACUGAUGUGAAAGUACCAGUGAUAAUACCAUCUAUUAUUAUGAAUAGUGACGAUUUACAGGUGACUUUUUUUUUCCUUGCUGGAAAUGAUACAAAAUAUUUACAUUUAAUAAUAUUGCUCAUUGAUAAUGUCAGGGUAUUUUUAUUUUUUUAUUUUAUUAUUCUCACUGUUAUUAUUAUUAUUAUUUUUUUUUUGGUUUGUUAGUUUUUGGACUCUUAUAUGGUCAAAAAUACCAUAAUAAUAUAUAUGAAUGAAAUACUGUAUAGGAUUAUAGAUGAACAUGAAUUUAUGAACAAUCGUGUAUUAUAUUGGACUAAUUGUUGGUCAUUGUUAAUGCCUAAUGCACUGUUCUACCAAAUUAUACCAAAUUACUAAACAGGGUUGCCAGGUCUGUGAAACAAAUUCAGCCCAACUGUUAAUCAAAAACUAUCCCAAAAAACUAUCCCAAUAUCCUCCCCAAGGUCCCCCAAGCCGCAGACUUCAAAAACAACCCACAGCAACAGUGUAACCCCGUUACCGAAUUCGUUUGUGCAUCAGUAAUGUGAAAUUUGAGGUGGAUGAGUGUUCAGUUGUCGUGAAAGUAUUGUCAAUGUAUUAGAGAAAAAAAAAGACAUAAUGGUUCUUAAAAUGAGCAGCAUUUUCUUUAAGCAAAAUUCAAGUUCGUAUUUCUUACUUUUCAUCUUGAGCUAAUAUAUCACCUGGACAUGUUCUUCCUGUUGGCUAAUUCUGAUGAAGAGUAAUGUCUUCCUUUGGGUCGUCCCUUACGGCUUUACAGAAUGCUCCUAAAAUAAAAACAGCCCUGACUCCACCCAUUAAAAUAAUUAGGGUUAACAUGAAUCAGCCCGUUAUAUUAAUGCAGUAAUAGCAGCUGCUAAUUAAAGUCAUUUCAUCCAAUAGUGAGAGAGAGAAAGAGAGAGAUUAACCCAGUGCUUUGGUAAGUAGUAUUGGCAUUAAUGUUAUGUGUAGGGCUUUAACACUUUAACUCUCAUACUUCCAGUGGCUUAACCUGCAUGUGUUCAGACUGAUCAGCUGUCCUCACGUCUCUUCAU